GCCGUGGCGAAUGGGCGAGCAGCCCGCGCUGCCCCAGUUUUCCCCUGCAGUAAGGCGGACAGGGUUGGCCACACUGUUGUCAGUCGGAGAGAAACAGCCAUGACGUCCACACACACCUUUCAAGGGCUGGACAGCGACAACAAGAACAGUUCCCGGGUAUUGAAGCCACCCGGAGGAGGAUCAAGUUGCAUUUUUGGAAGCCCUGAUGAUGCCCCCGCUCCAACAAGGUCACACAAAAUGUCUUCCAACAUCUUUGGGUCACAAGCAGAGCCUGAAAAUGUACCAAAAAGGUCCAACCCUCCAGGUGGAAAACCUAGCGGCAUCUUUGCUGGUCCUGCACCAGCGCCAGUCUCUCAACGAGCGCACCCUCAAUCAGGUGGGAAAAGCAACGUUAUGUUUGGAGAAGGACCCAUCCCAACAAGCCCCAAAGCACAUCCCAACAAACCAAAGGACAAUAUUACUUUAAAAGAACCGGAAGUUAAAGCACAAAGUACCCCAGUGAAAGCCGUUCCUAAAGCUGCUCCAUCAAUUGAAGAAAAACCACCAACCCCAAAGGAGGUGCGACCUGCUGAGCCAGACCCAGCAAUGGCUGCAUAUGAGCCCCACCUUGGUCCAAGGCCACGGUCUCACAACAGAGUCCUGAAUCCACCAGGAGGCAAAUCUAGCGUCACCUUCUACUAAUGGCUGUAGUUACGAGGGUGAUACCAUAUUAUUUCACUGUAUGCAAACAAAGCAGAAAUGAAUUUGAGAUGGGGGGUGGGGGUUGGUUAUGAAUGCUUGGUCAUAAAGUUCUCUUGAUCUUCUGAAACAUUUACAAGGGCUCCCAAUUCGUGUUUUAAAGUCACACACAGGUUCAGGUACAACUAAAAUCUGAGCAGCCAGUGCCAAAUUACUUAAUUCACCACAGUUUGAAUUGGAAUUCACUACCUUGUCCUGUUCAUGAUAACCAAUCCGAAGCAAUAGAACAUGUGAAGGACUAUAUUCAUUUAGAGACUAUUUUUAAAUUGCUAUUUAAAUGUAUCCUGAUUGGCAGGCCUUUCCCCAUGUCUAUAAAAACAGAAUAACUCGGGAAGGGUUCAUCUUCGGAAUUGUAAGGGAAAACUAUAUUAAAUUGCAUGUUUGGUUCAAAGUCUAUGUUCCUACUUUAGAUUUCACUUGGUCAACCCCUUAAGGAUCAAUGAUAUGCUGUGUCAUCAAUGUGCUUCAUUACGACCCUGUGCCAGUAUGAAACCGGCUUGGUACACCCCCUGCUGUCACUAUUGGAGUAUGGCAUCUGAUUUUAAUAUGGAAUCCUUUAAGACUACAUGGUUACAAUAGACUUCUGUCACUGGUCCUUAAGGAAUUAGGCAUUUGCACGCCAGAAUGUUUUGAGCCAGAGGGGUAGAAAACCACAUUUGCCUUCAAACCAUACGACAAGAUGCUGCCUUUGUUUUGAGUGUUUAAUCCUUAAUCCUGCUAGACACUGGUACUAGUCUUCUGUACUCUGCAUGGUACAAUCAUCCGCUUGAUUUCCAAAAGGCUGUUGUGUGCUUUCAAUUUGUUGUUGGAUCUAUGCUAGUGCAGGCUGUUCUCUGGUGUCUUGUCUGACACUCUUCUUUAAAGUUUGAUCUAAUUCUGUUACCUUGUUUCACUUUAUUCGGUUGUUUGUAUCAGGCACUAGAACCCCCGCCCUAUCCAGUCAUCUUCCAACUUUUUAGCCUGUGUUGCCUUACACCCUAGUGGCAUCUCUUAUAGUUUUUUUUUUGUUUAACACUUACCUUCUCUAGUGUCUCCAUGUGGUGGGAGACAUCAGGCAAAUGUUUAGAACAAUCAUCCUGUAUAUAAAUACUUUGAGCGUUGCUAAUAGAUCCCUUUCCUUGUAGCUUGUGGUUUAUAUGGAUGUUCUCUGUACUGUGCUCUUUGAAUACAUUAACCAUAUGAAUAGCAGUAAGUCGGCAGUUUCCCCUUCGAGCGUUAGUCCCAAACAAAAGGAAUUGGAAAUUGCAGACAGUGGUAAAUUUCGUAAUGUUACUCUUUUUUAGCUUAUGUUGCCUCUUCAUUCCUAAAAUGAUCCAAAGACACCAUUUUCUGUUAUAAAGGAAUAGUGUGGUGUUCACAUCUAUACAGAGACCCCAGCUUGUUGAGCUAAAUUUUAGAUUUGUUUUCAAGUUGGAAAUGGUUCCAAAAAAGUGUUCCAAAAACAUUUAAUUUCCCAGAUGUAUUGCAGUAGGACUGGCAUUAGGUUGAGCAAGGUGCUAUAAAUCAUUUAAACAGUGCAGAAAAGUCAAAUAUGACGUUGUAGAGCAGAAAGUACUGGUUUUAGUUAUAGCAUCUGCUGAUUCUGAUUUUGGGUAUAUCCCCCUGUAAGCGAAAAAUGGAUUGCAUCACUUGCGUAUAUGGGAGUUAACCCCCACCUCUCUCAAUGCUCAUUUUAAAUCCUUCACAAUGUAUUGCUAAUCUGUACAUCCUUCAAAAUUGAAUAUUAAUAAGACAUUGGAGGAGCAAGUCUGCUUCAGAUAUAAAAUGUACCCUUUCAUUGUGCUAGCAAAUUGUAGUCCCUCGUGAGGGUUUGUAUUCUUCUUGUGGUAGAUUAGUACAUGCUCUUGUUCAGUAUGCAGAGGUUUUAGAUUUAAAAUGAGUACCGGAGGGUGUGCUAAGCUAUUUCUCAGUGUAUAGAGAUUACAGCCAGGAUAGCUAGAUUAGGACUCCGCUGGGCUAGUAUUGAAGAGCUGCCAUCACACAGCCCUGCUUUAGAGCUCAGACGCUCCUAGGCUAGUGUGUCUAGGUACCAACUCAUCAGGCUGUUCUUUCUCAGAACCAGAAGUGGCCUUGUUUAAUUUCUCACCCAAUGCAGCUAGCCUUUUCUACACUACGUAGAUAAUCCCUAGUGAUGCCAAAUAAAGCCCUUGCAUAUAUGUUCUGUGUUUCAAUGAGCAGGACUUCUGUUAUUGUUUUUGCGACUGCAGUACAGAUCAUGUAACAGGUUCAUGCCGAAUAUUACCAAAUCAUGUACCCUAUAAAACAAAGAUGGCUCAAUGAUUUUAUAAUAAAUCAAAUCAGCCAAUCAUGCCAGACUCCUCUUAGAAUGUAUAUAUUGUUUGAGCAGUGAAUUCUGUUCCUUAUACAAAGUAUAGGUGCAUGACCUUAUCAUAUCGCUGGACUAUGUGCUGGACCUGGUCAUGUUAACCAAACAGAAGCCAGUGCUGCCAUUUUCUGUUCAAUUUUGAGGCCUUAAACUAAUCCUCUUUACAUGUACAAUGCUCUUUGUGGGUUUGUUUGUUCUUUUUCUAUACUGAAUGUACAGGUUGUGGGCUCUUGUUAUGUAGCGGCUGGCAUCAUCCUCCUAUUACAUUUCUCAAACUGAUGCCAUUUAUACUGUUACCAUAAUGCGCCUCAAUAAACUAUGUAUUUUGUUAAUGAA